AUGUUACAUCAUGACACCCACGAACAUCAGGGUAAAUUCACGCAGUACCUACUACUACUACGCGGUACUGCACUGCCGUCUUUAUGCGUCCUUAUAUUGGGAGUAAUCCACAACGAGAAUCACACCACUGCUUUGUACGUCGACGCUGGCCUUCAGGCAUCCAAGUACUGCAAUGUCACAACGUUUGCUGUUUUAAUUUCUGACUAUUGCAUUACUCUAGAGGUGGAGAAUCUUUUAAUGACCGUCCGAAAGUCGCAUAUUGCACAUUAUCUGCAUUCUAGCCGCAGAAGGAUUGCUAAUAACGAGGAUUUACGCUUCCUGGACAAACCUGAUGUCGAAUUCGACAACCAGGCACGUGGGACACCACCACGGUUAAAAGACGUUAGCCAUGUGGUCUUUGCUUUCCGUGACCGUGAUGCUCAUAGUGUACAGCGAAUCCGGGCGACUGCCUUUUUGCGGACGGGAGAAUCUUCGAUCGUGUCUUCGUUUAGUAUCAUCCUCACGAUCAGUCCUCCGAUUUCAUGGGUUGCUAUCAGACUCUCCGCAGAUCACCAUCCACAGCGUCCUCGCCUCUCGUAUCCUUUUUAACCUACAAGAAAGUGAAGAACGUUCGCGAAAUCAUGCAACAGACGGAAGUAUCUGAGAUGCAGUUUGAAGAAGGCCAGCUCUCGACGUUGAGAUUCGAGGCAUGAUGAACG